AUGCUACAAUUGCGACGAGCUCCGGCCGCACGGACGAGUAAAAUACGUCGCUGGAUGGCAAUUACCUCCAAGACAAAGACCGUUAGUCGCGUGAGAGGCACAAGAGAUUUGUUGGGUGAUGGAUUGCAGCGUCAUUGUGAGGUGCUGGAUGUGCUGCAGCGAAUUGUCGAACGUUUUGGGUUUCGCUCGAUCCAGACUCCAGUAUUGGAGUAUACGGAUUUAUUCUCUCGAUCAUUGGGUGAUGGCUCCGAUAUUGUUAUGAAGGAGAUGUACACGUUCAAGGACAAUUCGGGAAAAAGCGUGACGUUGAGACCCGAGGGCACUGCUGGUAUCAUGCGAGCUCUUGUAAGUAAUAAUCUUCUUUUCUCAUUACCUCAGAAGCUAUCGUACUCGGGCAGUAUGUUUCGAUAUGAACGUCCUCAGCGCGGAAGGUAUCGAGAGUUUCAGCAAUUUGGUGUGGAAUAUGUGGGUUCUUCGGGCCCAUCGGUCGAUGCAGAGGUUAUUGCCAUGGCAUCGGAUGCAUUGGGUGCCCUUGGCAUCAAGGACAAAGUUGUGCUGGAGCUAAAUUCGCUUGGUGAUAACGAAAGCCGUGCGAGGUAUCGCGCAGCACUCGAAGAGUUUUUCUCAAAGUACAAGGAGGAUUUAUCAGUGGAUAGCGUCAGUCGCCUUGAACGAGGCAGCGUUCUUCGAAUAUUGGACUCGAAAAGUGAGAUUGACCAGAAACUUAUAGCUGACGCACCCCAGCUUAGCGAAUUUCUCUCCGAUACAUCCAGAAAGCGCUUUUGCUGCGUUUUGAAUGAUUUGGAUGCAUUGGGAAUUAGCUAUCUACAAAGCCCACGCCUUGUGAGAGGACUGGAUUACUACAGCAACACCGUGUUUGAAUUUGUGGAGCGACGAUCUUCCGAUGCUUUGGACAAGGAUGAAGCAUCUCGAGGUGGUUUUGCAGUCCUUGCGGGUGGUUGUUAUGAUGGACUAGCGGAGUCAUUAGGGGGCCCUGUGACGGCUUGCGUGGGAUGGGCGGCAGGGUUAGACAGACUGAGUUUGCUGUGUGAGAUACCGACCAAGAAGAUGGUCUCCGUUGCAGUCGUCCCCGCUAUUGCUGGCGAUGAUUCGAAUCGGGUGCUCCACGAAGCUUUGCGUCUUGCACAGACGCUCCGACAUCGUGGCUUGAUAGUCCAUUUCUGCCACGGUCGUAGCAAUAUGAAGAAGCUGAUGAAGGCUGCUGAGCGCUACGGUAGCACUUACGCUGUGAUAAUAGGAGAAGCAGAGAUUGAGAAGCAACAUGUAAAGGUAAAGAACCUUGAAAAGCGUGAGGAGACUGAGGUGCCGAUGAGGGACUUAACCAGCUUUGAGUUUCUUUGA